CACUCACAGUCACUCACUCUCAACACACGUUCUCCAAUCUGUGUUGUUUUGAGCUAGACUGUUUCAGCGGGUGCUAUCAGGGCUGAUGAGAGCUACUUGUGUUUCUGGGUCUGCUGCAGCUGCUGUGUGAGGGACACAGUCGGGCUGUGAAGGCAUGUCCGUGACUGUGAGCGGUGCUUCGUGAACCUGCAACGGGAUUUCAACACAUUGUGAACAUCAGUGCUUGUGUGAUGGUUUUAUCGUCAUGAUAUCCUCAUGGGUGUCAGUGAUUGUCAUGCUGGUGUCAUGUGUGAAUGGAACGGGGACUGAGGGAGCCAUACAACCAUGUGCCAAAAUACAGGCGUCCAACUCCGUGGUGCCUUUGGGGUCACCUGUCACUGCCACCUGUGUCAUCAGAGACGACUGCCUUCAGGUCGUUGGACAAGGUGUUCAGAUAGAGUGGCACCUCGGGAGUGAGAUUAUUCCCAGCAGCCCCCUGGUCAGUGAGAGCAGCAAGGCUUCCCAGGUUGUCGUACGGAGCUUCAAUCACACCAGGGCGUUCCUCACCUGCUGCAUCCAGGCCUCUCCCACUCAAGUCGUGGGAGGAGUGGAGAUCAGAGCUGGAUAUCCACCAGAACCUCCACAGAACCUCAGCUGUCAGACAAACCUCACCACUCCCAACACGCUGACCUGUAGCUGGGAUCCUGGACAGCAGGACACUCACCUCUUCACACAGUUCUCCCUCCACACAAAGAUAGGAGAUUCGAAUGAAAACUAUACCUACAAGCUCCCGACAGGAACCCACCGCUACAUCAUCGCUCGCUCUGGCUUUGUCCUCUUCUCUGAAAUAGAAAUUUAUGUGAAGGCUGUGAAUGAACUCGGAGAGGCGACUUCAGCACAUCUCACUUUAGAGCCCGUCAGUGUAGCUAAGUUUGACCCACCAAAGAUUGUGAUGGUUGAAGCCGUGCCUAAACGAUACGGCUGCCUGAAGCUGAGCUGGAGCUUAUCGCGGCACCAGGCCUGGAUGCAUGACUAUCGCCUUAACCUGGAGAUUCGUCUUAAGACGGCUGACAGUGGUCGAUGGCGUGAACAAGCUAUCCUGGUGAGUCGGGUUAAAUCAACCAGACCUGUGAACCUGUGUCGCCUCCUUCAUGGGACUCAGUAUUUUGCCCAGAUUAGAGUCCGAUACCAGCAGAGCCCGUGGAGUGAGUGGAGCAGCAGCCAGUCUGGUGUCACCCUGGAAAGUGCUCCCGCCGGACGCCUUGACUCGUGGAUGAAGCUAUCAAGGGAUCACAUGCACAAACAACUCAACGUACACUUGUUUUGGAAGCCAUCAAAACAAUUCCGUGCCAACAGCCAAAAUGUGUCAUACAUCGUCUCGGCGCAAAAACUGUCGGGUGAAAAGGGAAGGCUGUGCACUACGAUGGGGAAUUACUGUACUUUCCCACUUCCCAAGAAAGGGAAGCCAGUGUACCUGAGUGCUGUCAAUGCAGCAGGGAAAUCCUCCCCCACCGAGGUUCGGAUUUACCAUAAAAAAGUGGCUCAUACUGCGAUAUCAGAGGUCACAGUCGUUCCUCAUGGCGACGGAGGCCUCCAGGUCCAGUGGGAACAUCUGGAUGUGUCAAGACCAACUGGUUACGUGGUUGAAUGGAGGCCUUUGUUAUUAAGCGAUGAAUCCUUCUACAAGUUCGAAACUGUAGACAGAAAUCACUCCAGCCUCGUUAUUCCAGGAAGCUUCGAGCCCUACAAGCCCUAUGAGAUCUCUGUGUAUCCUCGGUUUAAGGAUGGGAUAGGCUUUCCUCACACUGUUCAUGCCUACACAAGACAAAAGGCUCCAGCCAUGGUUCCAAAAAUCAAAAUUGAAAAGACCUGGAAGUCACAUAUUGAACUUACCUGGGAGGAGAUACCAUUGGAGCAAAGAAAUGGAAUUAUCCAGAGCUAUAAAAUCAUCUACUGGGAUACAAAGGGACAUAUUAAUGUUGUGAAUGCUGACUUGAAAGAGAGAAGAGUGGUCCUGAAAGACCUCAGCUCUUUGGCUCUGUAUGAAGCCUUCAUGAUGGUUAGCACGUUUGGAGGAAGCCUGAAUGGGUCAAGCAUUCAUUUUCAAAUUGAGCCUUUUGAUACCGUUACUAUUGUGAUGAUUGUAACUGCUUCUGGUGUUGGCCUGUCAUUGUUGGUCAUUAUCAUGGUCAUGACUUGUUUCUCUAAUCACAAAAGGCUGAAGGGCCGGUUUUUGCCUGUUGUUCCUGAUCCUGCUAACAGCAGCAUCAAGAGGUGGACGUCAGAUUCAACACAGUACACACAUCCUUCCUUCGACAGUGACGAGCCAAAUCCAGUAUACCUGUCUCACCUCAGUUUCCUUGACAUCCCAAAGAAACUAAGCAGAGAAGAGGACGAUCUUUGGAUAAACCAUGCAGGGGACACCAGCGACCUGGGAGAGUCCAUUUGUGGAUCGUCAUUAAUUCCUGGAUACUCUGGUUCAAACAGUGACUCAGUUCCAUACGCCACUGUGAUCUUCUCUGGUCCAUGCAGCAGUCCUUCACCCACAGAGCCUCACGUCUACCUGCGCUCCGAGUCCACGCAGCCGCUCCUGGAGACUGACGAGUCUUGCAGUCCAAAGUGCUACCAGAAUAUGGCUGCAACUGCAACUGAGCCGUGUUUCUUCGGAUCAGACCAUGAUUGCGUAGUUGAAGAAGGAGCAGACCCUGCAGCCAUUAUCUGGGAUGACUUUCCUUUCCUACGAGCAUUAGCCAUGAAUGAUAUGCAAAAUGACUGAAAGUGCUUUCCUGAUUCGAAGAAGAUCUGCUUUUACAAGAUUCAUGUCAAUCAGAGUUUGUGUACUGAGACGAUUGGGAUUCAUUGAUCAAGCACAGCUGUAAAUACAGUAUAUACUAGAUUUAAGGCUUCAUUUGAUGAUUGAUGUCACCUCUUUUGAAAAUGUUUGUCUAAAAAUAAAUGGAUAUAUUGUUGUAGUUAUAGUACUGUGGGUUAUACAGUAUGAAACUGUGAAAGUAAACUGUAUUGCUGUUUCGGUGCCUCCUGUUUUUAAAUAUGCUAUCAUUGUUUUUGGACCCUCACUCCCUUUAAUUGUUCAUGCAAAAUAUGAGAUAUUAUGGCAAUUUGGUGUUGUAUACUUUCCAUAAUGACAUGAUAUACACUGACUUUAAAUCAGUUAAAAAGGGCUUGUAGUUGUGCUAGAGGAACAGGACACUCCUCUAUAUCAAUUUGUAAUCCUUCUUAUAUUUCAUAUGAAUAUUUUUGCUUGACUUCCUCUUUUUUCCUAUAACUAAAUGAAUUUACAUAUAUAAGAAAAAGGAUGAUUUUUGUCACUUCCAAAUGAUUCCAAACUAAUGCCAAAUGAUAUCAUGACUGUGAAGGAACGGGAAGCAGCUCUGUGGUUUGAUUUCAGUACAUUUUAUGUUUGAUGUGUCUUUGUAUUUUGUACGAAUAUGAAUAUUAAAACUCAGACAAUGGCAUAUUGUAUGAGGCCCAGAUA